AUGCUCGCGCAAACCUCGUUCACCGGUGUCAAGGUCACGGCCAAGGCGACGUCGACGCGCCGAUCCGCGCGCACCGUCGCCGUUCGCGCGAACAAGUACGCGGAUGAACUCCUCGAGACGGCGCAAAACAUGACCAAGCCGGGUAAGGGUAUCCUCGCCAUGGACGAGUCCAACCCGACGUGCGGUGGCCGCCUCGAAGCUCUCGGUAUCGAGAACACCGAAGAGAACCGCCGCCGCUACCGUGAGUUGCUCAUUACCACCAAGGGCUUGGGUGAGUACGUCGGUGGCGCCAUCUUGUUCGAAGAAACCUUGUACCAAUCCUGCAAGGACGGUACGACCUUCGUCGACGCGCUCCGCGCCCAAGGCAUCUACCCGGGUAUCAAGGUUGACAAGGGCCUUCGCCCGCUCGCCAACUCCAACGGCGAAUCCUGGUGCCAAGGCCUCGACGGCCUCGCCGAGCGCGCUGCCGAGUACUACAAGCAAGGCGCGCGCUUCUGCAAGUGGCGCACCGUCGUCUCCAUCCCGGCUGGCCCGUCCAAGAUGGCCGUGACCGACGCCGCUUACGGCCUCGCUCGCUACGCCGCGAUCUGCCAAAACGCUGGCCUCGUCCCGAUCGUUGAACCGGAAAUCCUCCUUGACGGUGACCACGACAUCGACCGCAACUUCGAAGUUGCCUCCAUGGUCUGGGCCGAAACCUUCAAGUACCUCGCGGACAACGGUGUCAUGUUUGACCGCAUGCUCUUGAAGCCGUCCAUGGUUGCCCCGGGUGCUGACUGCCCGAAGAAGUCCAACGCCAAGGAAGUCGCUGCGUACACUCUCAAGAUGCUCAACGACCGCGUGCCGCCGUCCACCGCGGGCAUCAUGUUCUUGUCCGGCGGUUUGUCCGAAUUGGACUCCACGAUGUACUUGAACGCCAUGAACCAGCAACCGAACCCGUGGCACGUGUCCUUCUCCUACGCGCGCGCUCUCCAAAACACCGUUUUGAAGACGUACGCUACGGGGCCGGAAGAUCCGGCGGUGAUCGCCAAGGCGCAGGAGAUCCUCCUCACUCGCGCGCGCGAGAACUCCGAGGCUCAACGCGGCGUCUUCGACGUCACCAAGUCCUCCACGGACGGUGCCUCCCAAUACGUCUCCGGCUACGUGUACUAG